AUGCCUGAUGAUGAUGAUAUAGUAUCAAUUGUUAAUCGUUCUACAACAGUUAAUCUUAAUGUUGCACAGCGUUAUUUAAAUGGAGAAGGGUUUCAUUAUUAUGAUUUUAAAAUUUACUUUCAAGCAUUUAAAAAGUUACCUAACAUUCAAAAAUAUUAUCACUUUUACUUUACUUCACAAUACCCGGGAGUCAUUUUUUACAAAGACAGUCUUGAAGAUAAUUACAAAACUUUUACAAUACGUUCAUUUUCUUUUGAUUCAAAUAUUCUACCUCCUACAAUCAAUACUAAGCCACUUUCUAUUAAGAGGCAAGAAGAGUUGUAUAAAGAAAUUGUGCCCUAUGUUGAUUUACCUUUUCACAAUAUUACUUGCCCAAAGCCAGAAGAAUUAAAAACAAGCUAG